AUGACCGAUAAAGGUGGUACCGAUCGACAACGGCAGGUCCGUUUCCGCUUAUUACGACGACACGGCCAAUCCUCCCUUACUUCCCUUAAUUCCGUUCCACCCGUGCAUGCGACAUCUCCUCGUCUCUUUUACUCUUCCGGUGCUCGAGAAUUGAACAUGAGCGCAGAUACAAAGCUUAUCUUGAGCUUGGUCAAUCGGAUAGCUGUGAGGCUUCCGAGUAACAAUGGACGACAAAUCGACAAUUUGGAAACCGAUCCACUCAUUCAACAAACUGGUAAGUUUGCUGCUUUGAUCGAACUUUCCAAGUAUAGACUACCAACAAUCGCAAGUACACUUGUCACUGUAUUGGAAAAUAUAUCAAAGGCAGCACCUGUUGUUAUAUCAGACGAUUUUAUUCCCCAUGAUUUGCUGCGAUCACAGCUAUUUUUAUUACGUAUGCUAUCAGCAUGUAUGCAACAUCAUUGGCAGUUUUAUCGACAAUCACGACGAUCGGCUACCAACAGCAGCUCAGAUUCCAUUCAACCACAAUCACCUGUAUCAUCAAUGAGUCGUGAAGGAUCGAUGCAUAGUACAAGUGCUGAUAGUAGUGCUGAUCGACAUUGGCAGCCUGAUUCGACACUCCCUGCUGAACUUGAGGAUCCUCCACCAUUGGAAGACAACUUGGCAAAGUACAUCAUCGCCAUCAUGUCUCGAUUCAUGCAUCAAAUGGCUGCUGCUGAGGAAAGAGAACAUGGCACUGGUGGUGCAGUAAAUAUCAUGACACGUACCGAAUACAAUGCAAUUAUGAAUGGUGGAUCAGCAUCCGAUAUCAUGGUUGAUAUAUACAAGGCUGCAAGUCGUGUGGUCUUUUAUGUCAGCGCAAGCAAUUGGCCCAUCAUGUAUAGCAAGAUCAAGGCUCGCAUUCUUCACCUUUCCACCACCGUUGAUGAAAAUCCAGAGACUGCCGAUAUGCGUUUGUUGGAAUGUUCAGCUUUGAAUGCACGUCGUCUCAGCAUGAUCUUGACAGAACUAUGCUCCGCAUUCAUGAAUCUGAAAAAGUCGGCCCAAUUAUUCGUUGCCGUUAUUCUUCGUCGUGCCAUCUGGAAUUGGAUCGAGACUUAUCCUUCCGAAUUCAUGCGCCUAUGUCACAGCCAAAAGCGAUUGGAGGGUGGUCCAGAGAUUCUCUUUGAUAUUUGCAAUUCCUUGGCGGAUACGACUCGAAAAAAGGCUGUGUUGUGGCCAUUGCAGACCAUGCUGCUUAUUUUGUCACCUGAUGUUCUCUUGUCUUCGGCAUUGUCGGAAAGUAGAGGUGUCCAAAACAAAAAGACCAUCUUUUUGAGCGCUCUUAAGAAAUCCCUCAAAGGAACUCGCAUGGCUGAAUUAGCUGCCAUUUGUUACGUGGAUAUCUGUAAAGCAGCAACCUACGUCUCCAAAUCGGACGUGUCAGCGCUACGUCAUAUUGUGCCUGAUAUUGAGAAUGAGCUCAAGGACAAACUAUUCGACAUCCAACGCCCUCUUAUUGCCGACAGCUUGAUGAGCAACCUUGGUAUUGUUAUCGACCAUCGUUGUUUACUUGCCGAUUGUCUCGUUGCCAUGUUCCGCUUGAAUCCAAGAGGUGUGAUGCAUAGCCUCUUCCCCGUUUGCUUGGAUGAUCGGGCACCUACACUCUUCAAGCUUAGUUUGGUGAAGGCUUGUUUGGCAUUGGCCUCUGAAGAAAAUCGCCUACCAUGGAAUCCACCUGUUUCAGCAUUAUACGAGUCACUGUGUAGCCCUCUUCGAAAGCUCUUCCUUGAUUUUAUCAGCCGUGAUCCCGCCAAAUCUGAAACGAGCAGCCAAGGAAGUGCACCCACGACAAGAAAGACCAUCAUCAACCCGUCAGUCGACAAGCGUGCCAAACGUGAUAUGCGUAAUCAGAUAUGCACCGAUCGAUGUGAAUUGGUUCUUGAUAUGCUCCAUUUAUAUCAGGCUGAUCCCAAAUUGGCAAUUCUGGGUGAAAAUGAGGAUCGCUUUGAAGAAAAUGCCUCCGUCAUGGUGGGUAUCACCAAUUGUUUACGUGACACCAGACCCGUUGUACGUGAUGCAGCAGCCGAAUGCUUGAUCAAGUUACACACAGCCGAUUAUAUCAUGGCAUGGGGUCCUUCAAGCCGUUUCAUCGAGUCAUUUUGGAGAGUUUCAUCCCAAGUCGUUUUCACAUUGGCAAAGCAGCUGCUCGAUACGCGUGAACGUGAUGAUGGACUUCGAAAAUUGCUUGAUCUUCUCGCCAAGCUAUUGACGUUGAGAAACGAAUUCCUUCAACUGCAUCAGGAUAUUGCUAUUCAUGGAUCGGAUGUUCGUGAACGAUUACAAGCAUCGAUUGGAUUAGAAGUGGCAUUGCUUGUCCUCUUGUGUUCUGCCGACCCUGACAUUUGCUCUGGUGCCAUUGCAUGUUUUGGACAUAUUUGUCAAGAAGCCCAUAUCACUGACAGCACUGAAGAUCCACAACAACAAGCCCUUACUAUCGUUGACAACCUUCCUGUGUAUAUUGAGCUUACUUCAAACACGGGCAUCAUUGCUGGUCGAAAGUCACAGCAAAAGCGGAUUCGAAGACUCUUGCGUAUGAUGACACAUUAUGCACCUGGUAACCUGGCAGCAUGGGAGGAGGCAUGGAAACGAUGGAAAUACAUGACACCAUCCAUGGUUCGUGCAUAUGAGGAGCCAAAAGAGGAACCACCAGAAGCGAUCAAAAAGAGUGGUGCUUGGCAUGAUAAGCUACGCAACAAUCCCAUGCGACAGAACAGUGGUACAGGUGGCACCAGCAGCUCAUCAUCUCCAAGUGUUACCAGCACUACUCGUAUGGAUGGCAUUGAUGAUGAUCGAUCAUCCGAAUGGCAGAAUUACGCAGGCUUUUUGGCAUCUUUGGGCGGUGUGUGCUUGAUGGCUGAUACUACGGCUCCACCUUCAUCUCCCACAUCUCCUACACCUACCAAAACACGCAUGGAUCAAUUACAGCAGCCCUAUCGUCGUAUCUCUGCUACCACCGAAUCAGCUACCAUGGUUGACAAGUUUGUGAUGGAAAUGGUGGAGUUGAUGAUUUGCGACAAUGUCAUUGUACGUGAAUGGGUGCGUGAAAUUCUUGGUACCGACUUGUCACCAGCAUUGUAUCCUAUCAUGUUCCGUCAUUUGGAAUAUACUCUUGCCAAAUGCUUUGCUGCCGAUCAUGAUCCCAUUUGCAGUCCUCGCUUCACCUUAUUCGUUGAACAAGCUAUCUCAGUCCUCAAACUCGUGUUGGAUCGCAUGGAUGAUACGGUCGACAACCUCUUUACUGUUGAUUUCAGUGGAUUGAUCAGCCAAUACGCCCAAUACCUCAACAAGCUCGGCAAUAACCCACAAUCAAUGAAGAUCAAGAUCAAAAUGUGUCAGCUAUGCGAGGUCUUGAUGCAACGAAAGGAUCGAAUCACUUUGCGUCAAGAGUUCCGUUUGCGCAACAAGCUUCUUGAAAUCAUUGUGGAAUGGACCAGCGAUUUUGCUCUCAAGCAUGAGACAUCCCAAUAUGGCUCAACCGAAUUGAAUCAAGUGGAAAAGUUGCAACGUGAUCUGGAUUUGGCAUGUUUGAAGACGAUUGAAGUUCUGUUGCAUCAAUUGCCAUUGCAAUCUUCGGAGCCCGUCCAUGAAGUUGAUUCUACGCAAGUCAAGAGCAGGAUUUUCUACAAGUACUUUACCUUCUUCCUAAAGUUGUUGAAUCGAUGCCGUAUCUCCGAGAUCGAAUCCAAUCCACACAAUAUGCCAAAUCAAGAAGUCAUCCUUGUCAACAAGAACAAAGAAAGUGUCACUGCAUUGGCUCCUCUCAAGCAUUAUACCAUUCUUGCCAUGUCCAAUCUUUUGAGCGCUAAUGUGGACGCUGGUCUCAAGUAUUCUCUUUCCAUGGGUUAUCACGAAGAUACUCGCACAAGGACGGCUUUCAUGCAGGUGUUGACCAACAUUCUUAAUCAAGGCACCGAGUUCGAGACAUUGGCUGAGACUGUAAAGACCGAUCGUUACGAAAAGUUGGUGGAUUUCUUGGUCGAGUUCGAUCUCAACAUUGCUCUUUCACUUUGCGACGUAUGUCCAUCUGCCGAUAUUGAUGAAGUCGCCAAUGUAUUGCUCGCUUGUUUUGCAUCUCGUAACAAGACCUUGGUAUUGCUUGAAGCUGUGAUUGAAAAGGAGGUUAACAAUACAACGAGCGAGAGUGAUCUUUUCCGUAAAACGAGCAUUGCAACAAGAUUAUUGUCGGUCUUUGCAAAGAAUUAUGGUGGCGAUUAUGUUCGAUCCGUGCUCCAUCCAGUCUUCCAACAGCUUGCAGAGAAACCAGCUGAAGAGCGUACCUUUGAGCUUGAUCCAUCCAAGGUUGGCCCUGGUGAAGAUGUGACCAAGAAUAAGCAAAACGUGGUGAAUGCCACAGAGUUGUUCCUUAAUGCUAUCUGUGCAUCGGCAAAUGAAGCCCCAAGAAUCUUCCGUGAGGUGUGUCAAUCGAUUCUCAACUCUGUUUUGAAACGUUUCCCCGAAGCAAUGCAUACAGCUCUUGGUGCCUUUGUCUUUUUACGUUUCUUUUGCCCUGCCAUUGUUGCCCCAGAAGCUGAAGGUCUCGUCAAGAACUCUGCUGUUUCACGUGAAAUGCGUCGUGGCCACUUGAUUGCUACCAAAGUUAUCCAAAACCUUGCCAACAAUGUGCUUUUCGGUGCCAAGGAGACCUACAUGAUUGUACUCAACGACUUUUUGACAAGCAAUAUUUACAAGGUUACGAGCUUCUUGCGUGAGAUAUCCAAGGUGCCACCUGCAACAGCUUCUAGCGGCGAGGAUCAUGGUGAAAUGCGUCAUAUGGAUGAUAAGGACUAUGCACUAUUGCAUCGCGUCUUGGCGGACAAUAUGGAGCGUAUUUCUCGUGAUUUGGCUACUCGACGUUUACGUCAAUUCCAUGAUCAAGAGUCGAUGGGCUCUUGGAAACGAUCCUUUGACAAGUUUGCAAACCUGCUUGCUCAAUUGGGUCGCCCACCUGAAAUGCCCAAACAAGAAAUCAGUGGUUUACGCAGCUACAAGUUUGCAGCCAUCAACCAGGUCUAUGCCGAGUUUAUGCGUCGCAACAGCCAUCGCAGCGUUGAAAGCAUCAUCGCCAAGAACAUUUUUUAUGAAGGUGGUACAUCCAGAGCAGGUCGCCCGGUGUUUUACCUUAUCUUGCGGAACAUUGUUGCCGACAGCAUUGAUUUUGAAUUGCUCAUUUAUUACGCACUUCAGGUCAUGGAACGAGUAGCCAACAAGGCAUGUGAAGUUGUCUUGGACAUGACCCAAUUUGGUCCAUCAAAUGAAAUCCCCAAUCAAUGGAUCAGCCAGUUGUUGCAACUUUUGCCAUUUGACUUGUACGACAAUGUGGCCGCCAUCCACAUUUACAAUCCCAACUCAUUCUUGCGAAAGUACAUCAAGAAAUUGCCUCGCCCAUUGACACACAAGAUCAGCAAACGCUUAUCUUUUGCCGUGACCCUUGUGGAGCUGCAAGAACAUAUCCAUGCUUCUGAAAUCCGCUUACCAAAGUCAACGACUGCUUUGGAAACUGAGCCCAGUGCUGUAUUCUUCCCUGUCAACCGCAUUUCACAAUUCAAGGCCCAGAUCCCCGUCACUGUCAAGGUCGGCUCCGAGUAUAUCCAAGUCAUGACUGUGCGUAAGCAGGAGCUCUUUUACAAUAUCAGCGCGGUGACAAACGACGUUUUCCUUAUAUCCGAUAUCGAGGAUAUCACUAUCGGGUCACAUGGACGUGACACUGAACAUGCUACCGAGCUAAGCUUCAAGUUCAACCGUGGCAAAUCUCAGGUCACGUUUUCAACUCCCAAACGAGAUACCAUGAUCAGCGCUAUUCGCCAUAGCAAACGUAGAUAUGAAAUGUCCAAGCCAUCCAACUUGACUGAAAGAGCGAUUCGACCCAAUGAUGUCCCUGGACGUUUACUCAACAUGGCAUUGCUCAAUAUCGGCAGUGAUGAUCCCAAUCUUCGUCUUGCAGCUUACAAUCUCCUUUAUGCUCUCAGUAUGACGUUCAAUUUCGAUGUCGGCAAGCAAUUACUUGAUGCCAAAGAUCUCUGCUUGCCUGCCAACAGCACAUCAUUUAUCGUCAACAUCAGUGAGAAGAUCGCUGCCACUGAGCCUGGAUUUACAUUGGAGUUUUUGAGUGAAUGCUUUGUUGGCUUCAACAAGUCAAGUGAACCAUUACGCUAUUUGUGCUUGGAUUAUAUGACACCAUGGCUUCCGAACCUUGCAAUGUUUUGCCGUGGAACACCAGAGGAUGUGAACAAGACCAAAGAAGUGCUUCGACUAUUGAUUGAUCUCACCGUGGCACGCACAGAUAUGUACAAGUUGGUGCAAGCCAAGAUCUGGAAGACGAUUGGCAAGGUCGAUGAUAUUAUCAACAUUGUUCUCGAUGCCUUCAUCCUCUAUUCAAAUCAACAUGGUGUUGGAUCAACACAAGCUGAAGCUAUGGCCGAUACAUUUGUCACUCUAUCGAAUGUUGCUGUGCGAGGCAAGGUGAUAUCCAGGUUACGCAAGGUGCUUCAAAAGACAUCAUUCAAGCCAACACGGGUGUUGACGGAUCAUCCUACUUGGACUGAGAUUGCUGUAUUGCUUCGAUUCAUUCUCAUGCUAUCCUUCAAUAAUCGUGGUCCUGUGAAGAGUUACGUGCCUGAAAUCUUCCACAUCGUAUCGCUCGUUGUUGGUGUUGGUCCCACUAUGGUGCGUGCAUCCGUUCAUGGGCUAGUUAUCAACAUGAUCCAGUCGCUUUGCACGUCGAUGCCACUCAAUGAAAGCAACGUCAAGAAACUCCAGCUACUCCUUACAGAGUUAUCGGAUUCCAAAUCACGAUUGUUGUUUGGUCUUUUAAAGUCGCAUACGAAUGCUUUCACUAUCACCACGGAGACAUUGACGGAUACUGCUGAGCCCAUCCAACUAGGAUCCUUGGAGACCAUUGUCAACCAUUUACUUGAGGUUUUGCAUAAUGGUGCACCUUCUACAGAUGUUGCCAAUGCAUGGAGAGCCCGAUGGAUGGGUCUUGUUGCUAGCACAGCCUUCCAAUUUAAUCCAGCAAUCCAACCACGAGCCUUUGUUGUAUUGGGAUGUCUUGGUCGUGAAGAGAUCGAUGAUGAUUUAUUAUACCAAAUCUUGGUUGCUUUACGUGGCGCUUUGGCUAUUUUCAACGAGUCGGAUCCCAACCUGGUGCUUAGUAUCAUGAUGUGUCUCAAGAACAUUGUGGAGAGUCUCCCUGGUGAUUCACGAUACCUGCUUCAAUUGUUUUGGGUGGCGAUGGCAUUGGUGCAAGUCAAUCAUAGUCCCGUCUUUGGCAUGGCUGUCGAACUUUUGCAAGCUGUUUUGCGUGCACUUGAUGCGGAUGAAUUGUUUGUUGGCGAGGGCGUAGCAGAUGUACUUUUGGCAGCACGUGAGCCGAUUGCUGAUGUGGCAAGACAACUCGAUCAAUUAUGCGGUGUUAACUUUGAGACCCACUUUUCGUUUGCUGUGGCGGGCACAUUUAUGAAAGGAUUACGACACAGCAAUGCCAAGGAUAUGAUAUACCAGGGUCUGACCACAUUCUUGGAUAUUGAAUGCAAGCAACGAGGAUUCAGCGACAUGAUUGAAUCACGUACAUUGGGCUAUGUGGCAGGCUUGUUACCUAUUGCAGCCAAGAACGAGGCACUCAAGGAGUUGUUGCGUCUUGCAGGCUUGGAUGAUUUGGAUAUUGACAGCACACAAGCAAGCGUCACCUAUUAUGGCAUGUUUGAUCGUCUCGAUAUACCUGACAACACGACGGCUUUGUUAUUGAUCUCCUUGUUGGCCACCCAGCUCAAUUCAGCUGACAAUGAGUCCGAGCGCCUGUUUAUUUAUGGAUUACUUUCAGAAGCAGCCGUUGCUAUGCCCGAAGUCUUUGCUCUUGUUUAUGAUACACUUCUUCCCAAGAUGAACCAAAUUGUGAUCAGCAGCCAAACACAACCUAUCCUCGAAUCAGUCAAAUCGAUUCUCAUUACAGCUUGUUCGGAUCCUGUCUUUGGAGAAGCCAAACACAAACGCAGCCAGAAAAUGUUACUUGAAGAACUUGGAUUUGCAGCUUUGGGUGACCCUACUUUUGGUGCUGCCUCGACCAAUGUCCUGCAUAAUGCAAAAUUAGCCAGUGAGAUCGUUGAGAAGAUCAUUGCAUAG